AUGGCUACCACACUCUGGUCGACGGCCCAACAUGUUUGGGAAAGCAUAGCGAAGCUUGUUGCUUUCGCCCUCGCCGCCGCCCUCGUCUCUUUUUUUUUCCUUUGCAUGACGCCGCCCACGUCCCAGGUCGAGUACCAGGUCAGUCCCAAGUCAGUCUCCAGGCCCAAGGCGGCGUGGUGGUCAGCGAGCGACAAACGACAUGGGCACCGCGUUACAUUGCUUCUGCAAGUGGUCGACGACGGUGAUACUACGGGCGAUACGGCGUUGUUUGGUGUGACAGACACGGUAGAGGGCGCGCGCGGCGUUAUCACAAUCACCCAGCAAUCGUCAUCCGCAGCGGAAGGGCCGCAACGCUGA